CGCCAUGCAGGGCUCUGCCGGCGGCCGGAGGAACCCCCCGGGGAGGAAAGGCUCAGGUGCCAGUUCUGGCAGCCACCGAGGAGCCAGCACCAGAGGUGGCAUCCCCAGAAGCAGAGCAGCGAGCUGCAAGAGCCAGUCCUGGAGUUCUGACAGCCACACUGCACCCAGGGGAUCUCUCGUGGGUAACAAGGGUGCCCCCAGGGUUUUUGAUGAGGAAGGAAAGGAUGUGACACCCCGUCCCCUCUUCCACCCAGAUCCAGACCCAGAUUCUGCUGUACCCUGCCUUUUUUUGUCAAGGGCCCGUGGCAGCAGCAGCAGCAGCACCUCUCUAUCCAAGGCAUCAGCAACUGAGUCCCUACCAGAUGAAACACAAGACCCUGGCUCUCAAGGAGCCACAACUGCUGGCUUGGCUGAUGUGCAGGUGAGGCAAGAGGAAGUGCUGACAGAAGAAGACUUGGACAGGAGGGUAGAUAUUUACCUGACUGAGACAGAAACUCUCUGGAUUUUGGACAUGUCACCUGCUGUGGUGUCUACAGAGUCAGAAGAUGCUGCAAGGAUUCUGGAGAGGAACAAGAUUUACAGUGAGAUGUGUGAAGCCAGGCCUGGCAACGACCGCUUUGUAGAAAACAUGGUGCAAACCAUCAAUGGAGCUGUAAAGAACAAGGAGGUGCAGUGUGACAGGCUCCUCCUGCAAGAUAAAGGGACGACUGUCACCUCCUGGGAGCUGCACGAUGCCUUUAACCUCCCAGACAGAGCAGAAGCAGAAGCAGAAGGCAGCAGAGCCCCUGCCAGAAAGCAGGAAGAGCAGGGAUGCCAGGCAGAGGCCAUCCUGACAUCAGACAACUUCCAACGGGAUUUAUUUUUCAUGGAGAGAGUUCUCAUGGAGAACAUUUUCCAGCCCAAGCUGGCAGCUUACCGGCAGCUCCCCGUCCUUCCAGAUCCUGAUGUUACAUCAGAGACUGAUGGCACAGCAGCACCUGGGAAGGAAGGUGAACAAGAAGCCCCAGAAGAAGAAGAGCAGGAGAAGGAACACGAGGAUGAGGAAGAGCAGGAGAAGGAGGAAGCCUCUGUUGAUCCCCCAGUUGUUGCAGACCUAACUAAAACCCCAGAAGGAAUUGCACCUCCCAGGCUGGAAGAGCUGUGGUCCUACAGAUGUGAUUUAACCCAUGGGCACAGUGUGAGCAGCAUGGCUUGGAGCAAAGUCAACCCAGAUCUCUUGGCUGUUGGCUAUGGAGCAUUUGAUUUUAAAGAACAGAAGAAAGGCUUGGCUUGCUGUUGGUCCCUGAAGAACCCCAGGUGGCCAGAGCGUGUUUUUCAGUGUAAACAUGGUGUUACUGCUUUGGAUUUUUCCCUGGCAAGCCCAAACCUGUUAGCAGUGGGAAUGUUCAAUGGUUCUGUUGCCAUCUAUGAUGUGCAGAGCUGCAAGGACACCGUUCUGCUGGACAGCAGCAACUCUCUGAACAAACAUAUAGGUCCUGUAUGGCAACUGAGGUGGGUGGAACAGGACAGAGGUACAGCAGGGGAUGGUAAAAAAGAGAGACUGAUCAGUAUCUCAGCAGAUGGCCGAGUAACCGAGUGGUUUAUCCAGAAAAGACUGGACUGCACUGAUCUGAUGAAAAUCAAGCAAAUGGGAAGUGAGCAGAAAAAACUACCCAGUGAGAAAGAAAGGAAAAGUGAAACUCGGAUAUCUCAACGGGCAGCUGGAAUGUGCUUUGACUUCCACCCAAAGGACACCAACCUUUAUCUUGCUGGGACAGAAGAAGGGCAUAUCCACAAAUGUUCUUGUUCUGGCACUGAGCAGUUUCUCCAGACAUACAGAGGCCACAAGGCUCCUGUGUACAAGGUUGCUUGGCAUCCCUUCAGCACUGACAUGUUCCUGAGCUGCUCUGCAGACUGGAGCAUGAUGCUCUGGCACCAGGAGUCACAGAAACCCCUGCUGACAUUCAGCUCCACCACUGCUUUUGUUCUUGACAUCGUGUGGUCCCCAAAGUCACCCUUUGUGUUUGCAGCAGCCAAUGAAAGCAGAGUAGAAAUUUGGGAUCUCAGCCUCAGCCUCUUCAGCCCCAGCAUCUCUCACUCUGCCAAGCCCCAGGUGAGCUUCACAUCCGUGCUCUUUGCUACCAACACCGACUGCCUCCUCGUGGGAGACAGUGAAGGAGAAGUGGGGGUACUCGAGCUGCAGAACCUGCCUGCUCCCACCACCAAUCUGGUUGACACUUUACAGAACAUCAUUGGUCCUGUUGUAGCUACUGAACAGUAG